ACCAGCCCCCAACUACAGCCUCCACCGCCGCCGCUGCCUCAAAAUUCAAUAAAAUGAGCUCUUAUUUCGUCAACUCACUGUUCUCCAAAUACAAAACCGGGGAGUCCCUGCGCCCCAAUUAUUAUGACUGCGGCUUCGCCCAGGACCUGGGCGCCAGACCCACCGUGGUGUACGGUCCCAGCAGCGGCGGCAGCUUCCAGCACCCGUCCCAGAUCCAGGAGUUCUACCACGGGCCGUCGUCGCUGUCCACGGCGCCCUACCAGCAGAACCCGUGCGCCGUGGCGUGCCACGGGGACCCCGGCAACUUCUACGGCUACGACCCGCUGCAGCGCCAGAGCCUGUUCGGGGCGCAGGAUCCAGACCUGGUGCAGUACGCGGACUGCAAGCUCGCGGCCGCCAGCGGCCUGGGCGAGGAGGCCGAGGGCUCGGAGCAGAGCCCGUCGCCCACGCAGCUGUUCCCCUGGAUGCGCCCGCAAGCAGCCGCCGGACGCAGGCGAGGCCGACAGACCUACAGCCGCUACCAGACCCUGGAGCUGGAGAAGGAAUUCCUAUUUAAUCCCUAUCUGACUCGCAAGCGGCGGAUCGAGGUGUCGCAUGCGCUGGGACUGACAGAGAGACAGGUCAAAAUCUGGUUCCAGAACCGGAGGAUGAAGUGGAAAAAAGAGAACAACAAAGACAAGUUCCCCAGCAGCAAAUGCGAGCAAGAGGAGCUGGAGAAACAGAAGCUGGAGCGGGCCCCGGAGGCGGCGGACGAGAGCGACGCGCAGAAGGGUGACAAGAAGUAGGCUCCAGCUGGGACAGCCAGGGCCGCGCCGCCCGCCGCCCGCCGCCCGUCGC